CAUCAUACAACUAUACUAUCCUUCUUUACAAUGAAGAUAUUAUUCUUAGUUUUCAUCGUCUUCUCCACGCUCUCACUCUCCUCCGCCAAAUCUUCAUCUUCUGUCCUUGACAUCAACCGCAAUUUCCUAAGAUAUGGCACAGGCUACUACAUUCUGCCAGUCAUACGUGGGAGGGGAGGCGGCAUAGCCCUUACACCCACAUCGAUAAACCAAAAAUGCCCGCUUAACGUGGUCCAAGAAAGCGUUGACGAUAGAAACGGGUUACCACUGAGUUUCAUACCAGCCAACACUACAAAAGAUGCCAUCAUCCGUGAAUCCAGUGAUCUUAACAUUGUGUUCCAGAGUGUAACCAUUUGUGGCCAGCCUCCGGUUUGGAGGCUCGAGGUUGUCAAUGGGCAAGGGACUGUGUCGAGCCGUGGGACCAUAGGGAGUCCUGGCAGGGAUACGUUAGGCAAUUGGUUCAAGAUAGAGAAGUAUGGUGGCAAUGGUUAUAAGCUUGUUUACUGCCCUGCGGUGUGCAACACUUGCAAGCCAGUUUGUGGUGAUAUUGGUGUGGCUAAAAGUGGGCGUAGAAGUCUGAUUUUGAGUAAGGAGCCUCUGAUAGUCAUGUUUAAGAAGGCAUGAUGACUUUAUUCCUCAUCAAGAAUGGUUUAACAUACUUGUGUUCUAGUAUAAAUAAAAGGUUGUCUUGGGUCGAUGUUGUAAACGUUAUAAAACCAUCAAUAAAAACAACAAUAUACGAGGUUUCUAUCUUCGGUACAAAAGCGAAACAUACCACCCAAAAAGCUUUAUGUAUAGUAUAAAUAAAUUCAAGAUAUAAUUCACAAUAUUAGUGAGUGGAAACAUGUUGGUGCCUCCUGGGGCUAUAGCACCUCUUUAAUUAGUGAGCUCACCAAACCACAGUUGCCAAGAAAGCCUUUUGAUCUUAGAU